AAGCUUUGAUAGCAAAGCGACCACAGGAAGGCUUUUAUUUCGAAGGUCCCAACGGGAACCUUUGACGCUGGUGUUGAGAGUUUAGCUAACAGUGCUAACAGCUAAUCGCGUAAGUUGUAUGACUGAAAGCAGAUAAGCUACGGACAAUGGCGGAUGAUGGUAGACGAGGAGAUGAAGACGACCGCGGACCCGGAGCAGCUCAUCAGGUGUUUGUUGUUAUGGAGUGUUUGCUGGAAAAGUUGAAGGUUUUAAAUUACGAGGAGGAAGUUCUGGCCAAACACAACAUGAAAAAUCUGUCCAGACAUUACUUUGUCUCCAGUCCAUAUCUGGUGUUCAACUCGGGCGAGCAGUUCUACAUGUUCACCAUCAUCGCAGCGUGGCUCAUCAACGCGGCAGGGAGGCCGUUCACCGAGCCUCAGGAGCACGACGAACCCAACGCCACCGUGUCCAACAUCCUGGCAGAGCUCAGGGCCUUCGGUGUUAAAGUGGACUUCCCGCCCUCCAAACUGAAGUCGGGUUCAGGCGAACACGUCUGCUUCGUGUUGGACCGACUGGCUGAAGAGGCUCUGAGGAGGAGGGGGUUCUCUUUCAGAAGACCAAACUACCCAGCAGAAACCACAGAAGAAGAGUCUGUGAUAGAGGACGACGCAGAGCUCACACUCAGCAGAGUAGAGGAGGAGAUGAUCGAGGAGCCUGAUGAUGAAGAGGAGAGCGUGAUGGACCUGGAGGCUCUGAAGUUACGAACCACUCACUCUGAAGCAGAACCGUCCUCCAAACCAGACGAGAUUCUGGAGUCGACGAUCGAUGCAGCAGAGUGGAACCUGGAGGUGGAGAGAGUCCUGCCACAACUCAAAGUCACCAUCAGGGCCGACAACAAGGACUGGAGGAUCCACGUGGACCAGAUGCAUCAACACAGAGACGGGAUCAAGUCCUCGCUCAAAGAGGCCAAGAGCUACCUGGACAAACUGCAGGAGGACAUCGGUAAGACUCUUGAGAAGGUGAGCAGCAGAGAGAAAUACAUCAACAACCAGCUGGAGCAUCUGGUGCAGGAGUACCGCAGCGCUCAGGCCAAGCUCAGCCAGGCAAAGGAGCGCUACCAGCAGGCCAGCGGAGGAGUGACUGAGAGGACCAGAGUCCUGGCAGAGAUCAGUGAGGAGCUGGAGAAAGUGAAGCAGGAGAUGGAGGAGAAAGGCAGCAGCAUGUCUGAUGGAGCUCCGGUGGUGAAGAUCAAGCAGAGUUUGACCAAGUUGAAGCAGGAGAUUGUUCAGAUGGACGUGAGGAUCGGCGUCGUCGAGCACACGCUGCUGCAGGCCAAACUCAAAGAGAAGUCCAACAUGACGCGCGACAUGCACGCCACCAACGUCUCCGAGCCUGCCGCCGGGCCCUUCGCUUAGGUUUACACCAGGAGCCUGAGUCUAAACAAAAAAAACACACUUCAUUUGUCUCCUGGAUUUCUCACUUGAACUGAAAGUGUUGAGUCAGAUGAAGUGGGAUACUUAAAACUUCCUGGAAUUUCAUCUAAAAUACAGAAAAUAAGCUUUCUUUAUGCUUCAGAAACAUUGUUUUUGUAUAUUUUCAGUUUUGGUCCGUCAACAUUAAGUCAUAAAAACAUUUAGAGUUGAACAGUUAA